AUGUCGCUCCAGGGUAAGAAUGCAAUCGUAACCGGAGGCUCCCGCGGAAUCGGCAAAGGCAUUGUUCUCGAGCUGGCCAGCCGCGGUGCCAACGUCCUCCUCACCUACCAAAGCUCUCGCAGCCAGGCCGACGAGGUUGUGGAACGGGCACGACAGUCCGGGGUCGACGCUUUUGCCGUGGUGGCCAGUGGGGGCGAUCUAUCAGCGCCAACGACGGUGGUGGACGCCGCGGUGGCGCGAUGGGGGCAGGUCGAUAUCAUCGUCAACAACGCCGGCACGCGCGAGGACUACGACUUCGAGGCCAUGACGUCGGAUGCCUGGGAGCGCCAGUUUAACGCCAACGUGCGCUUUCCGACCUUCCUGAUCCAGGCGGCCACUCGUCACUUUGGGCCGGCGCCGCGCAUCGUCAACUUCUCCAGCAGCUACGCGCAUGACGGCCAUGCCGGCUGUCUGGCCUACGUGGGAUGCAAAGGCGCCAUCGAGAGCCUGACGCGCUCGCUGGCACGGGAAUUGGGACAUAAAUAUAACGCCACCGUCAACUGCGUGUGCCCGGGUCCUGUGGCCACGGAGCUCUGGCAGCAGAGUCUUCAGGACCCCGAGACGGCCAAGGAGUGGGAUUCGAUCAUUAAAACGACCCCGGCAGCGCCACGAGUGGCCGAGGUGGACGAUAUCGCGCAGAUCGUGGGUUUUCUGUCGGAGGAGAGAAGUCGAUGGAUCACAGGGAUGGUGGUGAACGCCAAUGGUGGACUGAUGUUCAACUGA